UCAGGAGCUAAUCCCGCCUUUUCUUACGUGAGGAGUUCAGCAUGCGCCUUGGUAUUGACCAAUCAGAAGACGUGAAGUAGGGACUCAGUUAACGAUGUAUCCAGCCAGGCCGCGUGAGAGCUCCGUAAUGACUCCGCCCCUCCCAUAACCCCGCUGAAACAAGAUUUGAGUAGCAAGAACAUAAUUCAAUACUCGAGUUUGCGUUAGUCGAUUUUCCAAUGCCGGUCUUAUUGGAAAAUCAUUCACUGUUUGAUCAAAUUUAUAAGUAAAUAUUUAUUAAAUACGACCUAAUCUUCGUAUUCAAAGUAAAAGGAAACGCUAAGGACGACAUUUUUUUGAGUCGCACGGAAAGAGCACGCUUUUCCCCAGAACUCAAGGAAGCAUCUUGUUCAGACUUUAAUGAAAGUUGGAUAAACAUUUUUUUAAAAAGUACAUCGAACUAAAAUGUUGGUACACACAUAUUCCCUAGCGGACGAUUUUUGAAUGGUGACUCAAUUGCACGCGACAUCAUCAAUUUAUGGUGGGCAGGGAACUUCAAACUUUGGACUACGGAAUGGUGGAGAAAACCAAUAUGAUUUUGUCCGAGCAUAACGGUUUCCCCGACCCCCCUCCGUGCUCCGGGGAAAUGCCACAGUUCGAUCUAAAUCAGCAUCAGCACCACAUGCAGACAAUGCCUGUAUUAAAUAAAUUUGAGUCUCCAAGUUUUUGUGCCGGGUGUGGAUCAAGGAUUUUGGACCGUUAUUACCUGAUGGCAGUGGACAAACAGUGGCACGUGCAUUGCCUGAAAUGUUGCGAAUGCAAAAUUGGUCUAGAUUCAGAGCUCACCUGCUUUGCACGAGACGGAAAUAUUUACUGCAAAGAGGAUUAUUACAGAAGGUACGCUGUCAAGAGAUGUUCAAGGUGUCAUCAAGGAAUCACGGCGAAUGAACUUGUCAUGCGUGCUAAAGACUUAGUGUUUCACAUCAGUUGUUUUACAUGUGCAUCGUGCAAUAAGACCCUUACAACGGGUGAUCAAUUCGGAAUGCAGGACGAUCUAAUAUAUUGUAGAACAGACUACGAAAUCAUUUUCCAGGGAGACUAUUUCUCGCGCAUGCAUCCGACAAUGCCGUGUCCCAACGGCGGACAUCUUCCGUUCUACAACGGAGUCGGAACAGCGGUGCAAAAAGGACGGCCCAGAAAGAGAAAGAACCACAUUAUCGAUCACGAUGGAUGCCCACCAGGCAUGGGUCUUGGACAUGGUGACGGACCGGAAAGAGGUGGCGAUCUCAUGAGACAAGAUGGCGGUUAUGGAUCACAGCCACCUCCGCGACAAAAAAGAGUCCGGACAUCAUUUAAACAUCACCAGUUGCGAACUAUGAAAUCUUACUUUGCUUUAAAUCAUAAUCCUGACGCAAAAGACCUAAAACAGCUUGCUCAGAAGACGGGGCUAUCAAAAAGAGUUCUUCAGGUGUGGUUCCAAAACGCAAGAGCUAAAUAUAGAAGAAACAUUCUAAAGAGUGACUCUGACAAACCAAAUCAGGGUCAGUCUAAUGACCAAUCAGCCGUUAGUUCGGAGGACGACAAAAUAAAAGACGACCAAUCAAUCUCUGAGUUGACGGAGCUCGAUGACAGCCAAUCACCGGACGCCAUGUCGGAUAUUAGUUCUACGCCAUCUUUAUCUGAUCUUCACAGCAGUCACAUGGAGUCCGACCACUCUAGCAGUAGUCUAUCUGACUUAUUUACUAAUUCAAUAAAUUCACUGAGCUGAGAGAUUUCUGUCGGCUCCCUUGGUGUAUUUGGUGUAAACUGUUGAUAAGUGCUACUGUUUUGUUCUCUAAUGAACUGUGUCUUGUAUUAUUAUCGACAAAAGUUUUGGUCAUAUCGGAGGUUUAAAAUAAUCUUGAGCUCAUGCCCCUCUCAGAAAUCAAAUAGAGACGAAGGUGAUAAAUACACACCUGUCAUUAAAGUUUCUGGGGGAAAUCGGUGCUUCAAAGGAAGGGGAGCAUCGAUAUCCUUGAGAGAAGGCUACUCAAUAUAACGAGAACCAAAAGAAGGGCAUACUCUCAGAUAUAUUCCUGCACCUGGAGACCAUAGAAAUAUCAUCGAUUCAAACGAAUAAUAUGCUUCUAAUCUGCACUGAAUAGAUAUAUUUUCUCAGGUGUCAAGUCCGGGGUGUUAACACGGAGUAAAUCAUAACGUACAACCUUGUUUUCAGUAGAUAUAUUGCUGACGGUGUAGUGUGUUUAUUAAAAGCACAUGUUACGUGUUAUAUGCGCAUGCGCAACGACUAAUGUUGUCGGUCCUAUGUUUUUGUUACCGUGAAACUAUUGAUACUGAGACAUUGAUCUAUGUUUGUUGUUAUAAUGAGAUCAUAUUUCAGUGCAUAAAAUAUUUGGCUGUAGUCUCUUAGAGAAAGGUCCAUCUCGUGCAAGGCUCUAAGCCACAUGGUGAAAGCAGCUUGGAAUUAUUAUAUAAUACAUCUGAUAUGCUAAAAAAGUAAGGAUGGUACCGAAUUCCAUACCAAUUAGCACCGUUAAUGAUUUUAACAGAAAACACGUUUAUAUCGAUGCCCACCUGUUCACAGAUUUGAUAAAGAUCAAAUAAAGUAAGCAAAAUAUUUUCAAACGUCAAAAAAUUUCCUUCGGAUGUGUGAAUGUCUUGCUGUAAUCUCAUCUUACACUCAGACAAGACGUUUCAACCUUUUCGUUAUGUUGAACACUUGCAAAAACAAAGUUCAUACGCAUGCCAUCCGUUUGAACGCUUGUAGCAUGAACACAAAACGCUAAUUGUUACAUUUGAUGCAGACGUCAGAAACGAAGGUGCCACGUGCUCUUUUCUUCACCUGCACCGGAAUCGGAUAGUGUCGGAAAUACAGACAUAUCAUUAAAGAAAAAAAAUAUUUAUAAUCGAACUAGAGAUGAUAUCAUGUUUCAUUUAAUUGAAGAAAAUUUCAGGUAUUUUGUGUUUUGAUCAUUGUUUCUUUUAGAUAUAAGAAAUAGUUCAGCUACAACGAAAAUAAAUUUUAUUAAUUUGUCCGGAUUUUGUUUCUUCAAGAAAAUAGAUCUACGCAACAAAGAUUUUGUGUACGCAGUAUUUCAUUGGUUCCCUUUUCAGAAACGAGUGCUCUUGGAUCAUGAAAAAGACUAAUUCUAAAGUCAGUUCGUUGUUUAUUUAAAGCUGCUCCAGCACUUUUCAACUGGAGACUAAAGCUUAAAAUCUGUAGGUUAAAAACCUUUGUUGAAACAAUUUUAUUUUGGACUGUUUGACUUUACAUCAUUUCAAUCCCAAUAGAACUUUUGACUUUAGUCUGUAAUGUUUCAUGAUUCCGAGCAUACUCAGCACAGCUCUUUUUUGAAUCUGUUAUAAUUAAUGUUACAUGUUAGAUGCAAUACAAGUGAUUAGCCAUAUACGGUACCUAUAUUUGUACGCGGUUCUGAAGUGGUUCCGCUCUUAUGUUCAAACUGUAAAAUAAUCGUCUGAAGUCCGUCGUCUUGUUAUGAACCACCAAAUUCCUAUGAAAACUUAAUCGUUUUUACCCUUAUGUUUAAGUGCAAGUAUAUUUUAUUUUGUAUUGUGAAAAUAAAAUGUAUGAAGAAUA